CGCCAGUCACCCUAGACGAGGAAAUUUUAGAAUCAUUUAACUCCAACUCGCUAGUAUUUGAAGUCGCGCUAUGUUUACUCACACGAGCCAUGCACAAUAUUGCUUGCUCCCCGCUGCAUCUCUCUUCCCCCUGACCCUUUUCCCGCCCCCUUAAUUCACAUUGGCCGAGACGCCGUCGAUAUGCGCAUACAAUCUUUGGUCGUACUGGGAACGGUCUUCUCGGGCGCUCUGGCUCACGCCGAGCCCGAUGCUGAACGGUCACCGAAAUGGCCUUCUACCACAACUACCCUCGUCGUGGCGCCGACACCCGCAAUACUCCAAGACAACAACAAUGGCCGAACAAACCGACGGCAUGAACAUGGCUUGCUUCUAGAAAAGCGAGAUUCGACUACGGAGGAUGCUGCAACUACUGCAAAAGACGCCACCAGCACGACAGAAGAACCAGCAACAACAACAGAGGCGACCACGCAGGCUGAGACCACCACUGCCCCAAAAACUACUGAGGCGACGACGACAACCGAGGAUGCUACGACUACGACGGAGUCCUCUACGACCACUAGUUCGAGCACAACUAGUUCCACGACCUCAACAACCUCCACGACCUCCACUACCUCUACCACAUCUACCACAUCCUCCACUUCCACCACAUCUUCUACCUCCCAAUCUACGAGUAGCAUGUCAACGACCACCACAAAGAGCACAUCGACCACCGCCUCAAAGACCAGCUCAACAUCCACCGCCACAAGCACGGUGAGUGCUGAAAUGCGAGAAUACAAUCGUCGUGGACACAUAGCCGCCAUUAUUACUUUUAGCAUACUGGGUGCGAUCUUCUUUGGUUAUGGGUUCCUCCACUGCUACUUGGCAUCGCGGAAAAAGCGCCAGAUUGCAGCGAGAAACGCGGCAGCUGAGGCCGGGUCAAACCACCCGUUAGUGGCAUUGAAGGAGAAUGCGAAGUCCCAAACUGAAGUCAAUUUUGACCGGUCGUCUAUGAUGUUCGCUUCUCAGUCUCCAUCCCGUACGGACUUGUCUUCCGUAGUUCAACAGGGUGCCGGGACGCAGGGGUAUACCCGCACGGCGCGAACGUCAUCGCUGGUAGCCAGUGAGCACUAUCAAAGUCCGACAGCAGGUUCCCCCUCCAGUAGGCCUCAGGGGAACUACAUCUGAGAGAGAGGAGCAACACCUGAGAACCUCCAGUUUUAUCAAUCUGCAGAUGUUCUGUUCAAUAUAAUGUGUGAUACGAUACUCACGCCAUGUACACUUGCACAAACAAUCCCGGAUUAGCGAUGUACUAUUAUAUCCAAUUUUCUUCCUAGUCUGAUCUUCUCGUUUUCUUUUAUCUCUCGCAUGAUCCUUUGUCUUCAAGGACUCGAGUUAUUGGCGACCGGGAUAUCUCCUGUAUGUAGUUUUACCCCCAUCAGAACUGAAAAUGCAAUCGACUGCGCGAACAUUUAUGAAACGAUUGAGCUCCUCGUUAUUUUUCCAGAUUCUUUUGCCCGCAUCAAAACUACCCCUACCGGAGCCCUCACGCUGAAACCCUACGCUCUCAUACAACUGAAUCAGA